AUGCUCUCGACAAGGACAGCAACAUCUUACGGAACUCUCACAUCUAAGCGGUCCGCCGCACGCCUUGCAAAAGCCAUCAGUGGGCUGCAACACCAAUCCACAUUGACUGGCCUCAGGCCAGCUUUCGUCGUCAUUCCUCAGCAGCCAUGGAAGACCACUCGUCGAGGGUUUUCUUCCACCCCAAAGCCUCAGAUCAAGGAGGUCUUCCCAGAGGCCGAGACAGCAAUGGUCAAGCACCCGAAGCCUGCUUGGGAGCAUCCAAUCUACACUGAGGAGCAGAUCAACAAAGUCACCGUAGCACAUCGCGAGGCCAAGACAUGGUCCGACUACGUCGCCCUCGGCAUGAUCCGGAUGCUGCGCACGGUCAUGGACCUCGCAACCGGCUACAAGCACGACCAUGCUGUGUCCCUCGGAAAGAAGGAUCCGGCUGCCGCGAAUCAGAGAUACGCUAUGACGGAGCGAAAGUACCUCAUCCGCAACAUCUUCCUCGAAAGCGUCGCUGGUGUUCCAGGUCUCGUCGCCGGUAUGUUGAGGCAUCUCCAUAGCAUGCGGCGGAUGAAGCGGGACAACGGCUGGAUCGAAACGCUCCUCGAGGAGUCCUACAAUGAGCGGAUGCAUUUGCUUACGUUCCUAAAAAUGGCGAGCCCCGGCCCGUUCAUGAGGAUCAUGGUCCUAGGCGCCCAAGGCGUCUUCUUCAACGCCAUGUUCAUCUCCUACCUCAUCUCGCCUCGCACCUGCCAUCGUUUCGUCGGCUUUUUAGAAGAAGAGGCAGUGUUAACCUACUCCAGGGAGAUAGCCGAUCUGGAUGCUGGAAGGCUGCCACAGUGGGAGAAGAUGGAAGCACCACAGAUCGCGAUAGAUUAUUGGAAGAUGCCGGAGGGGAAGCGGACGAUGCGCGAUCUCCUUCUCUACAUCCGUGCAGACGAGGCAAAGCAUCGUGAGGUGAAUCACACGCUUGCCAAUUUGGACCAGAAGAAUGACCCGAACCCGUACGUCAGUGAGUACAGAGACCUGACGAGGCCGCAUCCGACCAAGGGCAUUGAGCACUUGCAGCCUACGGGAUGGGAGAGGAAGGACAUAAUAUAG